GCCGCCACCACAAUACUCGCUUUAAACUCCAUACAUUAUAAUAACUUGCUACGUGCUCUUGUAUAUAAAAUAAAUUUAAAAAUGUCUUCUUACGGCCGUGCGAGUGAAAUGUGAUCACAUGGUCCUGUAGUACGCAUGAAAGCAAAUGUCGCCGGUGCCGAGGAGUAUGGAGCCGCCGCCUGCGCCCGACGUCCUCCCCGACUCUUCUCGCACGACCCGCCAUGCACGAGGUUCAGGAGACCAUCACCAUGGGAACAACAAUAGUCAUAAUAUAGAUAGUAUUCUCAGCGAAGACAAAAAUGGUAGCAAUGCCGCUGAUAAAACUAGUACAAGUAAAGAUUUAUUUGGUCCAAGUAGAACUGCAAACGGAGCUAUUAAUGCUGAAGUUAUAGUAAAUCCUAGCAAGUUGAGUUAUAAGAAAAUAAUUGACGAUGACAAUUGUCAACUUACUGAAAUUUGCCUUCGCGAAGACGGUAAACAAGGUGAUAUCGACGGAAACAAUGCGCACACUAAAGAAAACGGGGUCAGCAUCAGUAUGAACAGCGAGGACGGCCGGCCGGACCGGAGGAGUAUUCCCGGGCGGUCGGACGGCGAGGACGAGUGCCGGGACGCCCAGCCGGGCGAGGAGCGCGCCGCGCCGGACGCCGAGCGCCUGCCUCCGGACGGCGCCAGCUGCUCCGCUCCCGACGAUCACUUUGCCAAAGAGCGCGCGAGCUAUGCCGUGUCGCGAUCUUCGGACAGCUACCGCCGCGACAGCGGAGAGCCCUUCCGCGCCGAUGUGGAAGCAGAAGGUGUUCUCCGGCCGGUUCGCAACUACAAAGGAAUAUACUUGCCCUCAAUCACUAAUAGUUUUACACACGAGAGCGUAGAGCUCUCCUACCAACGAUACUCAAGAAGACAACGGCAGAAAUCUUUAAUAAUGGUCAACGUUGUCGACUUGAUUCUCAAAAUUAGCUUAGCCGUCAUAUAUCUCGCAACUCAUCAAACAACAGCUAACGACACGAGUGGUGAGACAUACCCGUCAGGGCCGGCGAUAGCGUGGACCGUGGCGUUUUCGGUGUUUAAUGUGAGCAUAUGCCUGCUGGGCUGGUGGCGCUGCUUCGCCAACAACUACUUGCACUGGGCCGCCGCCACCACCUGGAUACUGCUCGUCGCUCAGGGGCUGAGCGGCACAGGCAUCGGGUUCGAGUCGGCGGAGCACCAGGUGUGGUACAUGUUGUUCAUCGUGUUCGUGCCGUUUGCCAUGCUGCCGCUGUCGCUGGGCUGGUGCCUCGUGGUGGGCCUGCUGGCCUCCACGGCGCACCUGCUGGCCGCCGCGCUGCACAUCACCAGCAGCCAGGAACCGGAUUGCACUAAUCCCCAGAAGCAAUGCAAGACUCGAAUCCUGGUGGCCAACACGCUGCUGUACAUAGCAGUGAAUUUCGCCGGGCUGUACGCCAAGUACCUGACCGACUGGGGCCAGCGCAAGGCCUUCGGCGAGACCUACCGCUCCGUGCGCACGCGCCAGCGCACCAAGCGUGAGAACGACCGCCAGUGGAAACUCUUUCAAAGUGUAAUCCCGGACUUCCUAGCCAAAGAGAUCGCCAACCAUGUGUCGAGGGAAGGAGACUUCCAAGACCAACAGUUCAAUAAUUUGUACAUUCAACGGCACCAAAAUGUAUCCAUACUUUACGCCGAUAUCAAAGGGUUCACUGAAUUAUCAAGCAAAUGCAGUGCAGAAGAACUAGUAAAAUUAUUGAAUGCAUUAUUUGCUCGGUUUGAUCGAUUGGCAUCGGAGAACCACUGUUUACGAAUCAAGCUCCUGGGAGACUGCUACUUCUGCGUGAGCGGGCUGCCGACCGCGCGGCCCGACCACGCGCUGUGCUGCGUCAACAUGGGGCUGCACAUGAUCCGCGCCAUCCGCGACGUGCGCUACAACACGCAGGUAGACCUGGACAUGCGCAUCGGCAUCCACAGCGGCACGGUGCUGUGCGGCGUGCUGGGCCAGCUCAAGUGGCAGUUCGACCUGUGGUCGCACGACGUCACCGUGGCCAACCACAUGGAGAGCGGAGGCCUCCCUGGACGUGUCCACAUCUCGGAGGCCACGCUGCAGUGCCUGGGCGGGGCGUUCGAGGUGGAGCCGGGCGAGGGCGAGAGCCGCGACCCCUACAUCCGCGAGCACGGCAUCGCCACCUACCUCAUCCACGCCGCCGAGCAGCCGCGCCGCUCCAGGCACCGCUCCAGGCCGAGCGUCCCGACGAGCCAUCACACUUCUGAAUCGAGCAACCGUCGGCCCAGCAGCAUUUUGGAAGACGAAACUAAUACAGAUUGGACUCCUGAGAUACCCUUUCAGAACUACUACUCGGUGAGCGACGACGAGGAGGCGCAGGCGGCGCUGGAGCUGCCGCCCGGCCUGGACCACGGCUUCGACUCGGACGACGUCACGCCGCUCGCAGACGAGGAGGACAUAAUCAACCACUCGAUCGAGGUGGGCACGAACCGGCGCAUGCGCAUGGACAACAUGCGGCUGUGGUCGCUGCGCUUCCGGCGCGCGUCGCUCGAGCGCGAGUUCGCCUGCCUCGACGAGCUCACCUUCAAGUCCAACGUCUGCUGCUGCUUCCUGCUGUGGCUCUUCAUCUUCGCCGUGCAGACCACCAUGCACUACAAUUGCUGGAAGCUGAUGGCGGCGCUGGGCGCGGUGACGGCGCUGCUGGCGCUGGCGCUCCUGGCGGCGAUGGGCGAGGAGCUGCCGCGCGCGCCGCGCCUGGCCGCGCUCGCUCGCUGGCUCGGCGCCACGCGCCGUCGCCGGAACGCACACAUAUGUACCUUCGUUACCGUCAUGUCCAUAUCUAGCACUAUCAAGCUAAUUAUUUGCGGUCUAUCUACAUGCAAUGAAGUGGACAAAGAUAGUAAUGAGUGUUACACUCCGGAGUACGUAGUAUUUACUUGGAUCUUGUGCCUCAUCGCCUUAACAUCUAUACUAAAGCUAUACUACUUGAUCAAGAUUUUGAUGGCUACAGUGAGCGUAGUUAUAUACGCCAUAUUCUUGGUGGUCUAUUACAAGGAUCAAACGGGCCCAACUGCCACAAUGGAUUUCUACAAACGAAUGCUAAUCCUAAUGAUGGUGUUCCUCGCGAUCGUGGUGAACCACGCGCGGCUGGUGGAGGUGACGUCGCGGCUGGACUUCCUGUGGAAGCUGCAGGCCGAGACCAAUCUCGAGCAGAUGCGCGACAACCAGCGCACCAACCGGUACCUGCUCAAGCACAUCCUGCCCGACCACGUCGUCAACCAUUUCCUGAGCAAGGAACGGAAGCCGGAUGAGCUGUACUCGCAGUGGCGGCACGAGGUGGGCGUGAUGUUCGCGGGCAUCCCCAACUUCCACGAGUUCUACUCCGAGCAGAAAGCGGUCGACUGCAUGCGCCUGCUCAACGAGAUCAUCUUUGACUUCGACAACUUGCUAAGGGAGCCACGUUUCAAGAGCAUUGAAAAAAUCAAGACUAUAGGCGCAACAUACAUGGCUGCGUCAGGACUGGACCCUAACGACAAGACUUGCGACGAGGACUGCGAGCACCUGUGCGCGCUGGUGGACUACGCGUUCGCGCUGCGCGUGGCGCUCGAGGACAUCAACACGCACAGCUUCAACAAGUUCCGCCUCAGAGUCGGAAUUAGCUGCGGGCCACUGGUGGGCGGCGUGAUCGGCGCGCGCAAGCCCGUCUACGACAUCUGGGGCAACACCGUCAACGAGGCCUCGCGCAUGGAGAGCACGGGCGCCAUGGACCGCAUACAAGUCACCAAGUACACCAAAGAGUUGUUGCGUCGGUGCGGAUACGAGCUGGAGGCGCGCGGCGAGGUGGAGGUGAAGGGCAAGGGGCGCAUGGAGACGUGGUGGGUGGCGCGGCAGCGCGGCGCGGCGGGCGCGGGCGCGGAGGCGGCGCCGGCGCCGCCGCGCUCGCUCGUGGCGCUCGUCUACACCAUGCUGCAGGCGCGCAAGCGCAUCUACACGCACCCGCUCGACUCUACUGCUAUGCCGAUCCGCAGCGGCAGCUUGCACGACAAGCCGACGCGCUGCAGCACCGCGCCCAGCGGCACGCACCGCCACUCGCGCCCCGGCCCCGGCCGCCGCCUGCCGUCGCGUAUGACUAACGAGAGUUCACGACCGCCGUCGAAGAGCAUGGUAGUGAGGCGGCCCGACAUGGCCCCGCCCGUGGUGAGCAGCGUGUCGGCGCCGCACACGCCGGUGGCGCCGCACUCGUCCCCCUUCCCCGGCCCGCCGCCCAAGCCCGGCAUCGGCGCCCGCCUCAAGGCCGCCAGCUUCUCCUACCGCGCGCGCCCGCAGCGCGACAGGUCGCCUAAAAUACAGGAACUGGACGAAGCGACCGCUUAUCCUGCUAACGGGACCCCCAAACUGUAUAAAAAUGGAACUUUCAGACUUCGCUCUGAUACAACUAGAAUGUAAAUAUGCGUGAAUCCAAAAAAAACUGAACCAAAUGAGAGUUCAUCCAUUGAACCGAUUUUGCCAAUCGUGUUUGAGCCAAAACCUAAAUUGGCUUUCUAAUCAGUUCAACCAAGUGCUAUAAUGCCUGAGGUGUGGGUAAAUUAAACAAAUCGAUAUAAAUAAUGACAUUAAUGACUGUGUUGUGUAGAUAUUUUUAAUCAUGUUCUUAAAAUUAUACUAGAUUGCCCAUACCUACCUAAAAUGUAUGUUAGGAAUAGAUUUAUUAACGAGGAUUAACGCGAAACGUGUGAACGAUGACGGUUCUAGCAUCCGUUAGAGCUAUUUUUCUAUUAUUUAAUGUACCUAUGGGUAAAUAAGUAUUUAGACGUAUCCAUUGUAUUAUAUUAAUCAAAUGUUUAGGACACUUUUUAAGUGAUUUUACUGAUUAUGAUUAUUACAAAAAAGACUGAGGAGAUUUGAGGACUUAAAUGUCGUUUACAUUUUGAUAACUUAUUAUUUACACCUAGGCUGUUUAUUUUGGCGGCCAAAACUAGGCCCUAAACUAACGUAAUAUUUGAUUAACCUGUUUUAUAUUACAUAGGUACUUACUUUUUAUGAUUAGGUACUUUAAUUAAAAAAAAACUUUUUUUGUAGUAGUAUACUAGUAACGUAUUUAUUUUUAAGUAGAAGUAACUUAUGCUGCAUAUGCGGAUGAAUUCUGCACAAAGUUCAUAACAUUCAACCCGUAAAAAAACCUACCCAAAGAAAAUAAGGGCCAUUACCUAAGAAUUUUGGCGAUUGCAGUGAAUAUUCAUUUCAUGUUUAAAUAUUGGAAACUAUUUGCUAUUGACAACUUAUUUAAUUUUUUCUACUCCCGUACUCGUGAGUUACAAGGUCGUGCAUAGAUCUUUAAAACCCUACAUAAACGAUGUCAGGACAAGUCUAUCUAGUCUAUACCCUGAAAACAUUUUUGGGGUGAUCCACAUGGUUAGGUAUUAUAUUUUAAGUACAAAGCUGUUGUAAUAUUUUAGUGAAAUAAGGUAAACUUAUGUGGAAACAUUACUUUUUUCGGCGGGUUGACCUGCGAUGAGUAGGAAGGCAAGACUUUAGUGCUCGUUGUCGCAUAAAUAUGAGAAUAGGUAUCAAAAUCAUGAUCAAUAGUAUUUUGCGUAAUAACAGUGAAUAAUGUAUAGAAUUAGAAAGUAAAUCAAAUAACGUUAAAAUUUUCAACAUAUGAGCAUUUUUUUAUUUAUAAGGCACGACCGGCGUAUGUCCUGUAAAUAGGUUCAUAAGCUAUUUUUUUCAGGUUCACAUAAAACCAAAGCCGGAACUUACAAUUAAAAUUAACCUACAACACCCGUUUACACGGUUUACACUCGACUAACUCGACUUAUAUCCCAGCCUAAAAAAGGUUGGCAACUCCUUGUUCAUCAUAUGCCCGUCUUGAGUUAUAUGCCUUUCCGAGUAGGCAUAAUUUCGAAGUUACAUAUUUCAGAACAUAACUAUAAAUUGAACGCGUUAAUAGUACCAGACAGGAAGAACGAUUAUUAAAUUACUAAGUACGUUAUAUACAUAAUGCACAAACAUUCCGACUGCUUCUAUUUUGCACACGAAUCGAGUUUGUAGUUAACUAGUGUUCGUCCUAGGGAUAUCUAUUAAACACCAAUGGAUUAAGGAUGAAAAAAUGGUAUACCUUCGGAGGUGUAAAAGGCGUAGGUAUUUAGAUAAGUAUAUAAUACAAAAGUUAUAAUCACA